AUGGACCAGUUCAAAGAGAGCCUCAGUUCAACCUCAAAUGACAUGAAGCAGAGGGAGAAGUUGCGAACCCUCUGUGAGACAAGAUGGUCUGCACGAGCUGAUGCCUUGUUCACGUUCUUGAGCUGCUUUGACGUUGUUGUGGAUGCUUUGGAUAACCUCAAAGACAUGGGGGAUGACAAAGCAUCAAGCCAUCUCAACAACAUCCUCAGGUUUGAUUUUAUCAUAAGUUUAGUAACAGCUGAACAUGUAGUACAGUCCACCGUUGUUCUUUCCAAAGUUCUGCAAAAGAAGUCGGUUGAUCUUGUGGAAGCUGUGGAAGAAGCAAGAGUUGUCAAAACUGUGCUCAGAGAUGAACGUGAUGACAAUGGAGUAUGGACAGAGCUUUUCCAAAAAGCUGUUGAAGUCGGCCAAAAUCAUGACGUUGAAGCAAAGAUCCCUCGUUUAGCUGGACGACAGCGGCAUAGAGUCAACGUUCCGGCUGAGACACCCCAAGUCUACUACAAGAGAGCGCUGUACCUGCCUUUUGUGGAUCACCUGCUUUCGGAAAUAGAAGAUCGACUGGUCGCUCCAGAGGGGCGCUUCCUUGCACAGGGUCUUAUCCCUUCUAAACUACUUGCCCUGACUGCAGAUGUAGAGCACGAGAUCCUGGCUCAUUAUGCUGCUGAACUGCCAUAUCAUCAAGGAGCAGAAAAUGAAAUACAUAGAUUGGUGACUAAGUUAAGCCAAGUUGACAGAAAGCCUGAAACUAUUCUGGAAACGCUGGAAGGUAUUAAUCAAGACCUUUACCCAAACAUAUACACUAUGUUAGCCAUCCUGAUGACAAUACCUGUGGCAACAUCAACUACUGAACGUUCAUUUUCCAUGAUGAGACGUGUCAAGACCUAUUUGCGUUCGUCCAUGGGACAGGAUCGGUUCAGCAGCCUCUGUUUGAUCCAUGGACACAAGGACUUCCCAGUCAGAGUCGACGAAGUCAUUGCUGAAAAGAAAGCUCGCCAGCUUGGCCUUUCUAUUCAAGGAAGGAAGUUGACAAUUACUCAUUUCAUUCAGAUUUAUUUGGAGAGACUUUUAAUACAGUUCUUGGUUCAGUUCAAAGCUUGCGUUUUGCUUUAA